UUCCAAAAGUAAAUUACUCAAAAAAUUCAGUUCCAAACUCCGUUUAGUUUCUCUUCCAAUUUUCUGUUUCUUCUCAUUUCUCAACCUCACACCGCACUCUCUCUCUACGCCUCGCCGCUCCAGAUUAUUUCUCUUCCUCCGAAUGAAUCCGCCGGAGAUUCCCUUCGGCGGAGCCCCGCCGCCGAAAAAAGAGGUUCAGCUCCAGGGCCCGCGGCCGCCGCCUCUCAAAGUGAGCAAAGAUUCGCACAAGAUCAAGAAGCCGCCGCCGCACCCGGCGCACCACCACCAUAACCACCCCCACGCGCUGCCGGAGCAGAACCUACAACAGCGGGAACCGGUGAUAAUCUACUCCGUCUCCCCCAAAGUCAUCCACGUCACCCCCGGCGACUUCAUGGACGUGGUCCAGCGCCUCACCGGAGCUUCCUCCGGCGAGUACCCGCCGGCGGGUCGCGGCGAUGUGUCGCCGGCGGCAAGGCUGGCCUCGAUCGAGAAAACGAGCCCGUCGGAGAGAGAAAGGGUUUUGCACUACAAAGACGACGACAUCGCGUGGAUGUUGGAGGAGGGAGUGGAAGUAGGUCAAUUUCCGGGGAUACUGACGCCAGAGCCGGGAACCUUGCCGCCGAUUCCGGCGGAGGUGUUUUCUCCGCCAAUUUCCGGGGAGGACUUUUCGCCGUCAUAUUGGUCGGCGAGCAGCUUCUUGGCGAGUCCGUCGGGGUUUCUUUCCGUCGCCGUGGCGUCGCCGCAGCCGUCGCCGAACCUCUUCAGUCUCUUCGACUUGUAAUAGGGUUUUUUUUUUUCUCAUUCCACUUUGUUUAAUUUUGGUGGUUAUUAAUUAUUGAGAAUUUUCAUUUUCACAUUAUUAGUGGCGAUUCUAUCUUGUGCCACUAUUUUUGUAUAAUCAGUAGAAAAAGAUGACAAAGACUUUUCCUGGUCUACUUCCCCACAAAACAACUAUUAUUAUUGUGAUUUGUAACUGAGUUUCUUUUUCUUGAUUCAGCUCUUGCUAAUUUUGUUAUUAAAUUGUACUUUUAACAUUAGGAUUGAACAAUUUGUAUUUCAGAGUUUUCA